AUGAGUUUUUCCUUGCGAAAAUUUUUCCGUUUAGCUAAACAACAACAAAAUGAUUUAAUUAAUGGAAGACAACAAUCCAUUCAGAUUUGUGAAGGAGGGUUUUUCCUUUUACCUGACAGACUUGGACAACAAAGCCAUUUAAGUCAAAAUAAUAUACUUCAUAAAAAAUAUUAUGACGAAAUUGGUGUUACUGGGUGUUCUUCUAUUUCGAGUAAUUCUUCUUUUGGAUCACCAUUUAAAGUAAUUUUUUUAAAAUUCAUUUCAAAAUUUCUCCUCUCUUUUUCUCUUUCCUUCCCCCUUUUAAUUUUUAAAUUUAACAUUCAAAAAAAUAUUUUAAACAAUUUAUUUCACCCACUCGUUAAUAUUUAA